UCACACGAUCGUGUAAAUUAUUAACAAAAAGAAGCGAUAUUGGAGCAAAUGGCCCAAAAAUGAGUGAUCCCAUGAAGUGGUUCCACGGCAACCUGUCCCGCGAGGCAGCCGACGAUCUCCUCAAGCAAGGUUACGAGGACGGGACAUUUCUGGUGCGCGAGAGCAGCACGGCUUCCGGGGACUUUGUGCUGAGCCUGCUCUGCCAGGAGGAGGUGUGCCACUACCAGGUGCGACGACAUGGCGGCGAGGACGCCUUCUUCUCCAUCGACGACAAGGUGCAGACGAAGAUCCUGCAUGGCCUGGACACGCUGGUCGACUACUACCAGCAGUCGGCGAAUGGUUUGCCCACCAAGCUGACGGUGCCUUUGAUUCGGGAUCCGCCACCGCACAACACCCGCAGCCACGGAGUGACCAAUCUGCUGCACCGCGCCACCAGCAAAAACGAGAGCAAGGUGGUCUUCGAGCUGCUCAAGUGCGGCUACCGGAACUUUGAUGCCAAGAACCAGGAUGGACAGACGGCUCUGCAUCUGGCGGCACUCCACUCGGACGAGGAUAUCCUAAAGGAGCUGCUGAAUGCAAAGGUCCAGGUCAACAGCUCCGACUCCUUUGGCUGCCAGCCAUUGCAUUACGCGGCCCGCUCCAAGCCGGCCAGUUUUAUACGCACUUUGAUCGCAGCACAGGCGAAUGUCCAGGGCAGGAACAUAGAGAACGGCUAUGUGCCGCUCCAUGAGGCCGCCAAGCACGGAAACCUCGAGGCUGUGCAGGAAUUGCUUUUGGCUGAGGCUCCGCCGCUGCCGAGGACCAGUUCGGGUGAAUUCCCAUUCGACCUGGCCAAGGAAGCGGGUCAGACGGCCGUGGAGGAGUUCCUACUCAACUACAAGCUACCAGCAGCAAACACCACGCGAGAGCAGUGGUACCAUGGCACACUCACCCGAGACGAGGCCGUGGCCAUACUCAGAAACUACGCCAGGGAGCUACUGGCGAAAGAACCGGGCGUAGACACCUCCGGCUGCUUCCUGGUUCGCUACUCCGAGUCGCCGGCGGCCUCUGGAUUAGUUCUCACCCUGCUCAGCGAUCAGGUGGUCAAGAAUUUUCGUAUUUCACAAGCUGAUCUCUACCAGAAUGGCGUCAAGUUGCAGUCCGGCGGGUCCAAGUUUCUGUACAUCGAUGACGGCCCCUAUUGGCCCAGCGUGGAACAUCUGAUAGCCCACUUUAUGCGCUUCUCGUACGGAUUGCCGGUGAGCCUAAAGUUUCCGGUGCCGCCACAGCCCAAGCCAGAGGUGCCCUCGUUUGCCACCAUACCUCGAUCCUCGGUGAGGCCGAAAGCUACUUCGCCAGCCACACCGCCGACGCCCGUGUCGCCACAUCCGCUCCAUCAACACCCGCAUGUGCCCGCCCUGACCAUAGCGAAGAAAAAACAGAAGGAGAACAGCAGCUCCAUGUUUAACACGCUGCGUCUGACGAGUCCGAAGAAGGCGCUGUUCGACAUGAACAGCCUGCGCAAGAGCAAGUCCAAGGGCAAGCGCAGUGAGUCGGAGAGCAGUGUGAGUGGUUCCCAGGCCAGGACGGAGCAGGAGCUGCAGGCAGCGGCCCCUAUGCUGAAGAGCCUUUCCUUCUCCACGGAGUUCUCUACGUUUAAUGCGGAUGGUGGAGGAAUCGCCGCUGGCGAAGUGUACAACGUGCCCAGGAACAACACACCCAUUGAGAUUGAUCUGCCGCCCAUUGCCCAAAAGACUGAAGCCGAAGUUGAGUAUUUCACGAAGAGCGAUGUGGCCAUCGAACGGGAGCGAGCUGCCCAGUGGCUCACCAAUGGGUAUCAGCAGACGGUAGACGUGCUCACCCUAUUGGAUCAGCAGAUCAAGGCACCCGCAGCGGCGCGACUCAACUCAGUUGUUUCCUCCGCUUCAACGGAAAGUGAGAUGGCCAGUUACCUUCAUCGAAAGAUCAGCAACACUCCCACCACGCCCAGUUCCACCGCCGUGGAGGCGGCCAAGCUGAGGUUCUUCAUUGAGCCGGAAAAUCUAGUGCUGGACAGCGAAAUUGGACAUGGGGAGUUUGGUUCCGUUCACAGCGGCUGGCUGGUGAGGAAGGGCGUUGCCGGUGAGGAUUAUCGCAUGGAGGUGGCCAUUAAGAUGCUCAGCGAUGAGCACAGCAACAAGCAAGAGUUCCUGCGCGAAGCCUCGGUGAUGAUGCGAUUGGAACACCAGUGCAUUGUGCGUUUAAUUGGUAUUUCAAAAGGAGAGAUGCUGAUGAUGGUGCAAGAGCUCGCUCCACUGGGCUCCAUGCUGCAGUACAUCCUGGAUCACGGCUCUGAGAUCACGGCCAAUUCGGAGCUGAAGGUCUGGGCCUCGCAGAUCGCCUGUGGCAUGCACUAUCUGGAAUCUCAGCAUUUCGUGCACCGCGAUCUGGCCGCCCGGAAUAUUCUGCUGACCGCUCGGCACCAGGCCAAGAUCAGUGACUUUGGCAUGUCGCGAUCCCUGAGGCCCGGCAGCACGGAGUACCAGUUCACCCAGGGCGGCCGUUGGCCCAUCCGCUGGUACGCCCCGGAAAGCUUCAAUCUGGGAAUAUUUUCGCACGCCAGCGACGUCUGGUCCUUUGGAGUGACCAUCUGGGAGAUGUUUUCCCUGGGCGCACCGCCCUACGGCGAAAUAUCCAAUGUGGAUGCCAUUAAGCUGGUGGACAGCGGGGAACGCCUACCGCAGCCCAAUCUCUGCCCUGCAUACAUCUAUGCCGUGAUGCAGAGCUGCUGGAAGGAACGGCCCAAGGACCGGCCCACCUUUGUCUAUCUCACGGAGUUUUUCGCCCGCGAUCCCGACUAUCAAAACCUGCCGGAGUUGGUGCAAACGGUUCACAUUUAAACCAGUUCCCCUUUUCCCGUUCACAGUGCAAUUUUCUACAGCUAAUUCUAUGUCUUCUAUUCCGUUUUGUGGCGUAUUAAAGGGAGGACUUCCAGACCAUGAUUGUUAUCCCGUAUCCUAGUAUUCAUGUUUAUAGCUUGUAAUAUAUUUUAUAUACAGAUGUACAACCAAUUUGUGUCAAAAGAAUGCGAACAAGUGCCUUAAAAGAUUUACCAUUUUAACUUUGUAUUCAUGUUUACAAAUCUAUUUUGUUUUAUAUUGGUUAUACGCAAUAAAGAUAACUAUUUUUGUAUGGA